UGCGUAAAAGCGCUCAUUAUAUGCUGGAAGGACCAGUGACCACGAGGGAAAGGCUGGGCUGAUUAACAGAUGCAGGGCAGAUGGUGCUGAUGGCUGAGGACACUGCAUUCCGCUCCAAAAUCCCUGUUUCUCUGGAUAUAGUGGUUGCUGUGGUUUACUCCGUUUUUGGUGUAAGCUCACUUGUGGGCAACAUAACUCUGCUGUGCAUCUCCUACAAGAAGAGGCACCUGCUGAAGCCUGCAGAGUUCUUCAUCAUCAACCUCGCUAUCAGUGACCUGGGCCUCACCCUGUCCCUCUACCCCACGGCGAUAACUUCAAGCAUAUACCACAGGUGGCUAUAUGGGAAAACAUUCUGCUCUAUCUAUGCAUUCUGUGGCAUUUUGUUUGGCCUCUGCAGUCUGACAACACUGACCUUGCUGAGCAUGGUGUGCUUUGUGAAAGUAUGUUAUCCACAUUAUGGAAACAGGUUUAACUCUCUUCAUGGCCAGCUGCUCAUUGCCUGUGCAUGGGUCUACGCCCUGAUGUUCGCCUGCUCCCCACUGUUCCAUUGGGGAGAGUAUGGACUGGAGCCUUAUGGUACCGCCUGCUGCAUUGACUGGCGCCUGUCCAAUCAACAUCCCACAGCACGCUCUUAUACCGUGGCCCUGUUUGUUUUCUGCUACAUCAUCCCAUGCUGCAUUAUUAUUGCAUCCUAUACAGGCCUUCUGGUGACUGUGCAAGCAUCUAGGAAGACCAUGGAGCAGCACGUGUUAAGGCAGAAAAGCAUGACCAGCAUUCAGACAAUUAUUGUUAAGCUAAGUGUGGCUGUCUGCAUUGGUUUCUUUGUGGCAUGGAGUCCAUAUGCUGUAGUUUCCAUGUGGGCCACCUUUGGACACAUUGAAAGCGUCCCUCCUCUUGCAUUUGCAGUAGCCGCCAUGUUUGCCAAGUCCUCCACCAUCUACAAUCCAAUCAUCUACCUGACGCUGAGACCUAAUUUUCACAGGCUUAUGUGCACAGACCUGCGUACAUGUUUUGAAACAUGUCUAAAGGGCUGCCUCUGCCUCAAGGGUGGAACUAAAUCAAAGCCAAGAAUCAAAGUCAGACUUUGUACGAUCCAACGGGAGACCAACCAGUUCCCUUCAUCCAUUUCUGCAGCUCAACCACCUAUAGUGACUCUAAAGGAUCCCAGCUUUCAAAGGUGCAAGGACAGCUUUGAGCAUUUCCAGUUGUACCCUCAAGUGGGUGGUAUCACUAAUCCUGCCAACACAAACUCAUCAAAACUCCAAGACACCCCAGUUCCCCAAACACAUAAUCAAACGUCUGACAACACGAGCCCUGAGAAUGCCCUGGCCACAAUAAGGACUUCGGAAACAUAUAACUUUAAUAUACAUUUAGAAAUGGUUCAGAGGCACACAAAACAGGCCUGGCCCUGACGAUGAGGUAUCAUAAAAAAAUUCUGGAAAUUUUAUUCCGAAAUUUCUAACAUUAUUCAUGUUUUGGCAGAAAACCAUCGAAAUUAAAUAGACCCGUUUUCUGCUAUGUUUUUCUUUGUGUGUGCAAGCUCUGCUUUACUAAUAGAAUAGAAAAAGAAGACAGAAAUAAAAAAUAUUAUGUUUUUAUGUUGCCUUCACUCAUUUAGUCUGUAUGUUUGUGUAAAUUCUCACUUAUCCAAGACAUGGUAAAUGAUUUAAAUAAGAAUAAAAGCAACUGAACAUGUUUACUUCUCACUGAACAUAUUGACAUAUCAUAAAAGGUGUUUUCCCUAAUUAAACCAAGAAGAUCAGAGUACUGACCAAAUACAUUGCAUUAAAACGCAACACAGUUUGAAAUCUUGUCACUUUUUUGUUUGAAUUGAAAAUACUCUUUGGAUGAGGAGGGAAACAUCUUCAAAAACACAAGCAGAUGUCUAGUUAUCUUUAAAAAAGAAGCAAAUGUAGUUAUUGAAAUUUUGUUUUUGAUGGCUGUUUUAAACAUAAAAAAAUAAAUUAAAGUUUCACAGCAACAUGAUUUAGGACAGUAAAAUCCAGAGAUGUUUUCCAAUUGCAUGAAAUUUGUCAUUUUACCCCACAGACUGUUAUCUAAAACUCAGUCACUACCAUUAAGUGUAUUAAAGCAAACAUCCAUAUGUUUAAAUUAGGGAUGCACAAUAUAUUAGCAUCAAUAUCGGUAUCGGCAGAUGUAACAUAUCAGUGUCGGUCCGAUAAAUAAAACAGGGCCGAUAUUAACAACUGAUAUUUAUUUUCGUUUUGCUUCCAUUUGUUUGCCUGUUUCAGAGGGUGAUGUGUAUUUGCUUAGUCAUGUGACAGUGAUUGUAAUCAUCUCAGAAGUGUAAAUGUGUGCGGUGUGUGUACAUAAUAACGUAAAUUCAGCUUUAUAAUUUCCAUUCUAUACAAAAUCUGCUGAUUUUAGAAGCGUUAAUGGCAGUAUAUCGGUAUCGGCAAAUGUUGUUUAUCGGCUAUAACAGUGAUAUUAACAUCUGAUGUCGGUAUCGUUCCAAAAAAUGUCAUAUCAGCGCAUCCCUAUAUUUCUAUUAGAAUUAAGGUGCUGCAAUAGAGUUUACACAUUGCUUCUAAAUUAUAGGAGUUUUUUAUCUGUAGUGAUGUAAUCCGAGUUAAACAUGGGACAGCUAGUGGAUUUUCUGAUGAGGGGAUGUGACAUAGGCUCUUUACUCACAAAAACUGUGCACAAGAGAAUUACUUGAUCUAAUUUACUUUUCAAUAUUCAUUCCACUGUCAACUCAAACAACAGAUUUUAAAGCCAAUACAAAUUACAUCAUUUGCUCUUUAGUUUUGUGAGCUUCAUAUCAGGCAUUAAAACACAAAUACAAUUGAGUUGAGUCAUAGCAGAAAUAAAAUGUAUGACAAGUUUUUUCAAUAUGUGUACUACCAUCGUUGAGCAUUCAUUCAAGCUAGCAGUAACAGAUCUUUCAAGUUUUUACUUCCACAGAUAUACAUUUUUUAAAAGAAUAAACAAUUCUAAGGGACCAGUGGAAUUAGCUGUAAUAAUAAACAUAAUAUGACACUGGCCUUCAAAAACAAAAUCUGUGCAAAAUUACCUAAUAUGAAAUAAAUAAACAAACGCUAUCAGCUAUCCAUCCAUUUUUGUCCACUUAUUCAGGGUCGGGUCGUGGGGGCAGCAGCCUAAGCAGAGAGGUCCAGACUUCCCUCUCCCCAGCCACUUGGGUCAGCUCCUCCGGGGGAAUCCCAAGGCGUUCCCUGGCCAGCUGAGAAACAUAGUCCCUCCAGCGUGUCCUGGGUGUAUCUUUAGGUCAUGCCCGGUAACCCUCACCAGAGAGGCAUCCUAAACAGAUGGUUGAGCCACCUCAACUGGCUCCUCUCAAUGUGGAGAAGCAGCAGAUCUACAUUGAGCCCCUCCUAGAUGACCAAGAUUGUCACCUUUGUGGAAGCCACCCUACAGAUGAAACUCAUUUCGGGUGCUUGUAUCCCCAGUCUUGUUCUUUCGGUCACUACCCAAAGCUUUUGACCAUAAGUAAGCAUUGGAGCGACCAGUAAAUCGAGAGCUACGCUUUCUAGCUCAGCUAUUUUCACCACGGCAGACCAGUACAACUCCAUCACUGCAGAAGCAGCACCAAUCUGCCUAUCAAUCACGUGCUCCAUCUUUCCCUCACUCGUGAACAAGACCCCGAGAUACCUAAACUCCUCUACCUCGUCCCGAGAAGGACCUUUUCCCUGACCUGGAGAAGGUGUCUACCCUUUUCCAAUCCAAGACCAUAGUCUCGGAUUUAGAGGAGCUGAUUCUCAUCCCAGCUGUGUCAUACUCUGCUGCGAACUGGUCCAGCAAAAGCUGGAGAUCACGUUCUGAUGAAGCCACAGAGGGGUUUUUGACCACCUCAGUGACAUCGGCUCAAGAUAUUGGAGAGCACAACCCAAAGUCUUCAGACUUCGAGGUGCUCCACCCACUCAUCCACAACGUCCUGAGUUGAGGUCAGCAGUGCACCACCCCCACUGUAAACUGUGUUGAUAGUGCCGUUUUCCCCUAGCCUGGCAAGCCAGACUAAAUACAUGUAUUAUUGUUUGCAAAGCAAGAAUUUGGUCUAGUUCACUAGGCUCGU